GCGGAAAGGGCAGCGUCGCUCGGUGGGCGGUUCUGCGGGAGGGAGCCAGUGGCUGGGCCGGGACGAGCUGUGUCGGCGUUAGCCACACGGAGGCUAGCGAUGCCGGGAAGGAGCGCUCCUGCCGGGGUUUGGAUCUCGAGUCGCCAGACAUGAUAUGACGGAGACCGCCCGACAAGGCCGCAGCUGAUUGGUCAGCCUCGUGUAGGUUUGGUUUUCGGCCCCCCCUUCCUCCAGAGGUGUCCUGUGGAUGUCAGCUGACCAUGGUGGUCUGAGCCGAGGAGCAGCGGGGACGACGCCACACACAGCGGGUGUUUACUCCAGGCCAGGCGCCGGCGGGGAGUUGGACUGGAGGACGCUGACCGAGAGACGCCAUGUCUGAGAACCGGGAGCUGGUCGUUUUCUACAUCACCUACAAACUGUCCCAGAGGAACUACCCUCUCAACCACAUAGUGCUCAAUGAGCCUCCCAGCAGGACUGACGGGGGGGACGGCGGGGACGCCGGGGACGCCGGGUCGGGCCCCGACCAGCGGACGGAGACGCACGCCAACGGGACUUUUACCAGCAGGAGCAGCGGGAGCCCGCCGCCGUCCCCGCUGCGGCAGCUGGGCGCUGGCGGCGGGGGCGGGGCUGGCGGCGGGGGCGGGGCUGGCGGCGGGGGCGGGGCCGGCCUGGACGCGGUGAAGGAGGCCCUGCGGGACACGGCCAACGAGUUCGAGCUGCGCUACUCCAUGGCCUUCAGCGACCUGCACAGCCAGCUGCACAUCACGCCCGCCACCGCCUACCAGAGCUUCGAGAACGUGAUGGACGAGGUGUUCCGGGACGGCGUCAACUGGGGGCGCAUCGUGGGCCUGUUCGCCUUCGGCGGCGCGCUGUGCGUGGAGUGCGUGGAGAAGGAGAUGAGCCCCCUGGUGGGGAGGAUCGUGGAGUGGAUGACGGUCUACCUGGACAACCACAUCCAGCCCUGGAUCCAGAGCCAAGGGGGAUGGGAGCGCUUUGCCGAGAUCUUCGGGCAGGACGCGGCGGCGGAGGGCCGGCGGUCCGAGGAGAGCUUCAGGAAGUGGCUGCUGGUGGGGAUGACGGUGGUGACGGGCUUCGUGGUGGGCUCGCUGUUCGCCCAGAAGCGCCUGUGAGGAAGCUCCACCACCUCUCCGCCUUCACUCCAUCCAGCCCUCAGACGUCUCCCCAGACGAGGCUUUCCACAGUUCUUGUGUUCAGUCGGUUCCACCGGACCAGAGCGUGACAGACGUGUGAUUCCCCUCAUCCA